AUGUCAGGUAUCAACCCAGGGGACGACAAACUCGUUUUCGAGUCGUCUGAAGCAAUUUCGACCGUUUCAACAUUCGACGACCUUGGUUUGAAGGAAGACCUUUUGCGCGGCAUCUAUGCUUACAACUUUGAAAAACCUUCUGCUAUUCAGCAGCGUGCAAUCCUGCCCAUCAUCCAAGGAAGGGACGUAAUCGCCCAAGCACAAUCAGGAACGGGAAAAACAGCCACUUUCUCCAUCUCAAUACUCCAGUCAAUUGACGUUACCGUCCGAGAAACCCAAGCGCUGGUUCUCUCACCCACUCGUGAACUUGCUACUCAAAUUCAAUCCGUUAUCCUUGCGCUCGGCGACUACAUGAACGUCCAAUGUCAUGCUUGCAUUGGAGGUACAUCCAUUGGCGAGGACAUCCGGAAGCUUGAAUAUGGUCAACACGUCGUCUCUGGCACUCCGGGUCGUGUAUUCGACAUGAUUCGUCGCCGGAGUCUGCGAACGCGUAAUAUCAAAAUGUUGGUCCUCGACGAAGCCGAUGAACUCCUCAACAAGGGCUUCAAGGAUCAAAUCUACGACGUUUACCGCUACCUUCCUCCAGCCACCCAGGUCGUUCUUCUUAGCGCCACCCUUCCUUACGACGUGCUUGAGAUGACUACCAAAUUCAUGACGGAUCCUAUCCGUAUUUUGGUCAAGCGUGACGAAUUGACGCUGGAGGGCAUUAAACAAUUCUUCGUGGCCGUGGAGAAGGAGGACUGGAAGUUCGACACUCUGUGUGAUUUGUACGAUACCCUCACGAUCACCCAGGCUGUCAUCUUCUGCAACACCAGGCGAAAGGUCGACUGGCUGACGGAAAAGAUGCGUGCCUCCAACUUUACCGUCUCCUCCAUGCAUGGAGAAAUGGUGCAAAAAGAACGGGAUGCUAUCAUGGCCGAAUUCCGCAGUGGGACAUCCCGUGUUCUCAUCACAACGGACGUUUGGGCUCGAGGCAUUGACGUCCAACAAGUAUCAUUGGUCAUCAACUAUGAUCUACCUGCCAAUCGUGAAAACUACAUCCACAGGAUCGGUCGUUCCGGUCGUUUUGGAAGGAAGGGCGUUGCCAUUAACUUUGUGACUGUGGAGGAUGUUCGAAUUCUCCGUGAUAUUGAACAAUUCUACGGCACACAGAUUGAUGAGAUGCCUGUGAACGCCGCAGAACUGAUUUGAGCUGCUUCGUUCUAUGUGUGUG